UUUCAACCCCGGGACGGUUAAAUUCUUUCGUGGAAAGUCGGAAGCUUCUAUUCCUCUAGAGUUUGCUGAGUGGAAGCUUCUCCUCCUUACGUGGUUUUAUCCUUCUCCAGCUUCUGGUAGUUUCUGUUUAUGCUGGCGUGCAAAGCUGUUUCAAAGAAGUAUUAUCUACGACCUGGAACGGUAGGCAGAACAGCCUUCCUUUUUCAGGGAAGGAAACCGAGGCUGAAAGAAAUCACGUGAUCCCGUCCCCUUCCUUCCAGUCCCUCAGAAGUUCCGGGGAGUGCAAAGAAGGAUGUAGGAGUGGAGAUCUUGUAAUCACAUUACUUGGGGUUAGGGGUGUUUGGCCGCUAUCGUUAUUUCCUGCUUAUAGUGGAAAUACUUGGUUUUCUUUGUUUUGGGUUUUGUUUCUCUGCCUGUCGCGUGACCCAGACUCCAGUGGCGGGCAGGAGAGGCAGCGUCUAUAAAUAUUAAUGAAGCUCAUCUAUUACACCGGAAUAAAGUUAACAAAAAUUAACGACAAAAUAUUGAGUUCGCGAACUCUACAUUAAAAACUACCGACGUAAAGGCUAACUGGCAGCAACCGUCCUCCAGCAACAUAUUCUGAGUCACCAGGCGAGAAAUUGUUUUCCUGGGGGAAAAAGUGGGGCUUUGUGGGGAGGUGGCAUUGUCAGGACCUGGACGCGGGACCCUAGAGGGAUGGUAUGGAAGUGGGAAGUCGUGAGAACUGGGAAAGGGAAAUUUUUCCUAACUCACAUUGAUUUAAUACCAAUAACUCAACAGCGGCUUUAUUUCCAGGAUUCAGGUGCGGAAAAUAAGCUCACGUAGUCACAGGAAUACUGAGUUGUAAGGACGGGAAUUUCUAUCCAGACUCCCUGACUAAGAAAUGAUGAGUUGUAGUCACUGGACUGCACUUGGAAUGUGUUGUUUUUUUUCCAUGGGGGAUUAAACAGUUUGAAAAGAUGAACUUGGGUCAGGUGGUGAAGGUCAUGAAUAUCAGGAUAAGGAAGGAGUGGAUUUUAUCCAGGACUAAUUAGAAAAUUAUUGCAAACAAUCGGGUAGGAAUUAACGAGAGGCUAAACUGAGGUUUUGGUGUCAUAGAGAAGGACUGUUACAGUUCUGGAAAGGUAGAAUCAAUAGGAGUUUGAUGCUAAGAAGAGACAAAGACGACUCCAGGUUUUUAUCCCAUAUGCCUGGAAAUGUGGUAGUGCAAUUACAAAAGUAAGGUCAUUAGAAGGAAAUGCAUAGGAAGGAGGGGAAAGGAGGCAUUUUGGACAUACAUGUGAAGUUGUUCAAUAAACAUUUGGAAAUGUAUCAAACAUGCAAAUUAAGUCAAUUACAUAAAUAUGGAUAGUUGAAGCCAGGUAAAAUAUAUAGAGAAGAAGUCUGAGAAAUCUAAUUCUUAGAACUUUUUGAAUGAAAGAUGGCUAUUUUAUUAAUGAUUUAUAGAUGGAAAUGAGACACCCAAUUUUGUCAAAUAUAGAUAACUUAUUAAACAUAUUAAAACUGAUGCACUAAUUCAGAAUGCUUUCUUGGUGUAGUCUAAUUGCCUUUGGUUUAGAUUUAUUAAAUCUAUUUAUGUAUUUGUUAAUUAAAUCUACAAGUUUAUUAACAUUUAUCACAACACUUCAAAAACUAUAUCUUUAUUAUCUUUUGUUUUUACAUCACCUCCAUUGCAAAAUAUACUCCUCUUUCCCACACCAAAUGGUUCUUUUUGUAACCAAGCAAAACCAAAACAAAGUAUGCAGAACUAGCUGUGUUUUAAACAUGCUAGUUUAAGGAUUAAAUAUUUGUGUAAUGUCAUCCACUGUUCUGAGGCAUGAGUGGGUUAGCAUACACUCUUUUUCCUCCAGCUUGGAGAGCUCCUUUCUUAAUCUGUUUUUUGAUACCCAGUCUCCACUUUUGUUUGUGGUCAAUCAAUGCUAUUCAUUAAACAUUUUGUGGAGCACUUUAAAAAAAAAAAAAAAGCAGCCUGGCAUGGAAAUUGCCUAUUGAAUACAUAUUUGUAUUUGCACUUAUUUGUAAAACAUUAUUUAUUGCCAGGUAAACUAAGCAGUAAUAUUUUCCCCCCAGGAAAAUGUACUUAUUUGAGGGAUGUUAUCCCCAAAGCAAAUCAAACUGUAAUAAUGGUUCAAGUCUCAGAUAACACCUAAAUGAAAUAUUAAUUACUUUUUUAAAAAAUGUUUUAUUGAUACCUUUUUAAUUUUUGUCAUAAUUCUUUCAACCCAUCCUCUAUAUUGAACUCUUCCUUGAGUCAAAGAGAAGCAAAAAAAAAAAAAAAAUAACCACAUCAAUUUAUACAACAUUACAAUCUAAUAUACUUCCACCACUGCUUUGAUGGGGAAGAUAUGUUUUCUUAUCUGUGCUCCUUGACCUUCAUUAAUAUUUGUAGUUAAUCAAUUUGAUUACCUUUAAGUGAUUUCUUUACAUUGUUUUUGUGUAUUUAUUCUCUUAUUUUCUUCUGCAGUGCCAUGUUUCUUCAAAUUAUUUUUUACUGCAUAGUAAUGUCAUUAUAAUUCUUAUUCCAUAGAUUUUUCCAGCCCAAUCAAUGGGCCCUCAUCUUGUUUCUGGGUUACAUAUUAGAUUUUGUUUCUUAGAUUUUCUUGUAAUAAAUGAUGAUCAGGAGUAGAAUUGCCUUCGGAUGGCAUAGUUAACUGCUCUAUUAAGAAAUGCAUAAACUAGUAUGUGUCCUGUAAAUAUCCCCAAUAGUAGUUUUGUGUGUGUGUAUUUUCAAAUAAAUACAGAGGAAAAAGCAUUUGCUUUGUGGAAUAAACCAAGUCAGUUCAGCUAGAAUAAUAGGUACUUUCAAAAAGCUGUUCUUUAAGAGCAAACUACUUGGGACCACCUAAAUGCAUGUACCCUUGAGAGAAAACAGCUUAUAUCAUUUCACAUACCUGUAAAUUCUGUGAAAAAUGAUACAGAAUUUCAGAAAACUAGUUUUUGAUAAUUGAUGGCUAUAGGGAGAUAAAAAUAUGAUGAAGUUCUGAAAAAUUAAUUUAUGUUCAGGUAGGUUUUUUAAAGUUUCUACCUCACUGAGAAGCAAAAAAUUUCUGAGUUUUAAAUUUAUAUUAAAAAAAAAAAAAAGGUUGGGGGAGAUCGUAACAAUGUAAACAUACAUGGUAAUGAAGAUUCAAUCUUUUUUAAAUCCUUAGUAUAUAGCGGAGUACCUGGGAUAUUAGUUGGCAUUCAGUAAAUACUUACUGAUCAACUCAUUAGAACUUCUGUUCCAUUUAUUUCCAUGUCAAAAAUUGAAAAAAUAAGGAAUUCCAUGGAAAAUCCUAAUCUCUAAUUUGAAUAUAGUUCUUAUAGUACAGUAGAAAUGGAGCCAGAGUAUCUGAUUUCUUUAUGGUACUGCCAUUUAUUACCUUGGUAUUUUCAGAAAAAUCAGUUAAUUUCUCUGGCUUCAGUUUUCUAAUCUGUAAAGAAUGAAGAUGCUGGACUAAAUAAUCUCAGGUCUUAUACAGCUCUAAAUCUAUAAAACUAAUUUGUUCUUUUAUUUUAACAGGUUUAAUAUGCAUUGAGAAAACUGUGCUGUUAUGACCUAUUUAAUAUAGGUUUGUUCUUGGAAAACUCUUACAUUCAUUAGCAAUGGAGAUUGAAAAACGCAUGGUACUUUAUGAAGAUGAUUCAGUAGAAGUACACUAUCUUGAUGGCUCCAAAUUACAGCUUUCUCCAUGUGGCUCCGAAUUCCUAUUUGAAAAGGCACCUCCUAUUUCAGCACAUCCUUUGCAGCAACCAGAAAGAAUUCGUCAAAGGACCCAAUUUGUUAUUAGUAAUUACAGAGAGCAAUUACUGCAGGCCCUAGAUUUUAGAAAUUGCUUUUCUAAUUGUCCAUUUUUACCUGAAAGCAUUAUACCUUCUGAAAGAAAACAGUCUAUUUAUACUGAUAUCUCAGAAGUCAGGUGGCCCAGUCGUGAUACUCAUGAUGCAGUGAUUUGUAUGGAUGACGGCACUGUGAAGAUUUCAUCUUUAGAUGGUUAUGCUUAUCUUUGUCUACCUAAACAGCAGCAUGAAUUUACUAUACAUUUUUUAUGCAAAAUCAGCCAGAAGUCUCACUCACUAAUGGUACUACCAGAAAAAAAGAAUAAUGAUUUUAAAAAAGUACAUCACCAAUGGGAAAAAGCAAGCAAAAACUGUAUGGUUCAAACAACUUUUGAUGGACAAAGUUUGCAGAAUAAGGAAAAUAAUUCACACUGCUAUAUCAUGAAAUCCAAGGAAUUAUUGGGAGCAAAUAAUUUUGUAAAUGAAUCUGAAGGGAAAGAGAUGACACCUUUGUCUCACAAGAAAUACACAUUUGUGUACACGUGGGUGAAACAGUGCUGGUCAGUGGAGUCAUGUCCAGAACAAUGGAAAUAUCCUUUAUCUUUGGCACUUGACUUUCUUCAAGCUGAUCAGAAUGUUAAACAGAUCCCAGUUUCAGCAUCUGAUAUUUCAAAGGAAGAUGACGAGGUUUCUGUUCUUCCCAGAGCUCUUCCCCUCAGUUGUCAUAAUCCACAUCUGCACAGAUGGAAUUUCUCUGAUUCAUCUUUGCAGGAACAAGAAUAUACCUAUCCUGAACUUGCAAAAGUAGUAUGGUAUAAAGGUACAUUAUUUAGAUUAACUCUUGAAACUGUGAACUUAAUAGAAAUUUUUCCUGGUGAUGGAUCCAUUCUCAAAUCAGAAGGAACUUUUUUGGGGAACUAUUUCACAUUCUCUCCAGCACACAAAGAAUCAGGACAAAGAGAAGAGAAAAUGUAUUCAAUAAAAAACCUUCCUCCAGAUAGACCAGGGAAUUCCUAUUCUGUUUGCUCCCUUAUUACACAGGCCACCAGAAUUCUUCAACAUUGUGUCAAAAUUAGACUUUCUUUAAGCCAUAAUUAUAAUAUAUGCUGCUGGAAAAUGGUUUCUGGAUCAAAUAAAGGGAAUAUGCCAAUGCUUUUGAGGGAGACACUCAUUCCCAUGAUAGGAAGUUUUUUUGUGUAUUCUGAUGAUAAAGUAUUUGCUAUCUUUUUGGAUGGUGUUUCCCUAACCCUAAUUUGGAAUUUCAGAAAGACACAGAUAAAUCAAGGUGUUACCUUAGGUUGGUGUAAAUUAACUCUCCCAGAUGGACAGGAUCAUUUAAUUCAAAUGGAACAUCCUGGACAAUUUGAAAGGUAUGUGACAACAGUAGUAGCUUGGUGCAAGAGUCUCACUCAGACUAAUCUUCAGGAGAUUUUCACAUAUCCUCCAUCAUCACCUAUUACUGAAGAAAACUGGUCUGUUACUUCUGAACUUGAAAAAAUGCGAAAAUUUAACUUUUUAUUGGAGAACAACAGUGUCCUAAAUCAGAUUUCUACUAAAAAAACCAAGCAGUCUUCUGGUAGUUCCAAACCACAAUCUUCGGAACCCUGUAGCUUUUGUGAAGAAGUUAAUCAAAAGAGUGUAUCAUUAGCAUUGAAGAAAACCUCAGAAAUCCUUCAGGACAUUGAAUCUCUAAUAGCCAGUUCCAAAAAGUAAAAAUAAUAAUUUUUUUUUAAUAAAAGGUUUUAACUACA